AUGAAGACGAAAGAGUCUCUCAAAAGACUACAGGAUGCUGACAAAGUUUUUGAUUUAGUGCAUAGACUUUGUUCAGAAGACAGCGCAGUAGCUAAUAUAGCUUGCCAAGAAGCCGAUAGUUUUCUUAAACAAAAGUGCAGUGAUGGUUUCGACAGAUCUGUUAUUAAUAAAUUAGAUCAAUCUCCAAAUAACCCAGGCAAUACUCAGAAUGGUGUAACUGGAAAAACAGAUGAUAUGACUGCAUUUAUGGCAGCAGUUGCACAAGACGCACAAGAACGUGCUCAGCGACGAGCUAGACAACGAGAACGUGCAGAUAAACUGAAGGAUCGUGCAAAUACAUUUUUUAAGGCUGGGGAUUGUAAAAAGGCUGUUGAAUUGUAUUCACAGGCAAUCGAUGUAGCAAAGGACUACGAUAUUUUAUAUACUAAUAGAGCUCAAGCAUAUCUUCGUCUUGGUCAACCUGAUUUAUCAUUAAAAGAUUGUGACACUGCAUUACUACUAUUUCCAGAUACACAAAAACUUAAUACAGAUAUAAAAUCUACUACAAUGACAAAUAAUAAUAAUAAUAAUAAUAAUAAUAAUAAUAAUAAUAAUAAUAAUCAUGAUACUGUUUCUAAUUCUCGUUUAGCUAAAGUUCAUUUACAUCGUGGUAAAGCAUUAAUGUCUUUAAAUCGACCAUCGGAAGCACUUUCCUCUUAUUCAUUAUCACGUUAUUAUUCAACAUCAAAAAGUGAAAAAUAUACAUCAACAAAAUUAAAUAAUGAAAAAUGGCCAAAUUAUUUAGUUGAAUAUGUUUCACAAGCUGAAGCUGCUUUAAUUACACAAGAAGCGGAUGCAAAAGCUGAGGCGAAUUUCGCUCAAUCAGCUAUAGGUUUUAAGUCAAAAAAUAUGAAUGAUGAUAAUUCUGAAAUAAUUCCUCCUAGCCAACAACUAUUAUGCCUACUAGCUCAAUUAGCACGAAGAAAUCAAAAUCCAAAAUAUUACAGUGCUGGAUUACGUCAUAUUAAUCGUUUGUUUAUUAAUGCUCAAAAAAUUACGCCUACAACAACAACAACCACAACCACAACUACAGAAGUAAAUGAUGCUACAAUUCAUAACUCAAAUAAUGCAUCAUCCGAGCAUAAUUUUAAAGCAAAUCAAUCUAACGAAAAAAAUCACGAAGAUGCAAAUCAUAAAUUGGAAAAUUCCAAUCAGAUGAAUUGUGAUAAUCAUUUGUCGACUGAAACGUUAUCCGAUCUACAAUCGAUUUUUCGUAUUAAAAAUGGAUUUAGCCUUUUGGAUAAAGAAGUGAAUAUAGUCUAUGAAAUUUUCAAUCCGGAUAAUAAUAAUAAUAAUAAUUCUCAUAAAAAGACAAUAAUAAAACAACCAAAUAUUGUUAUUGAUACAUCAUCAACUCAAAAUCAUAAUAAAAUUGAAAAUGGAACCAUUGAAUCAGGUGAUAAUAAUAAUAAUGAUAUUGUCAAACAAUCCAAUUCUUAUUAUUAUUCAUUGCUUGAUGAAUCUGAACGGUUGCUUGCUUUACUUCAUCUAGCAGAUUAUGUUACUAUAAAUUGUGCAGAAAAUCAACGUCUACUUAUUGAAAAUCAACCAAAUUUAAUUAGAAUUACACUUGCUUGUAUUAAUCUAUCACCGGAGUUUGUUCAACGAAUAACACCAACACCAACACCACCACCAACAACAACACAAUCGUCGUUAUCAUCAGAAAAUGUCAAUUUAAUUAUAGAAAAACAACGAAGCUUACAUAUUCUCGGUGCACUUCGAUUAGCUGCUUGUAAUUUAUUGGUCAAUUUAACUUCAUUACCAAGUGGUCGACAAUCUUUAUUGGAUAUAUAUGGACCUGGUCCUAUACUGAUUAGUUUAUCAAGUUGUUUAUCCACUUCAAUGUCUACUUUUUCCAAUGUAUCCACAACAAAUACUUCAGGUUUAACCGAUUCAGCACGUGGUUUAGCUGGGCGUUUAUCAUCAGCUAGAUUAUUUAAUACAACAAAUGGUAAUACUACUACUACUAAUAAUAAUAAUAGUAGUAAAGUAGCCGAAUUGACUCAAUCUACCCUAAUUUCAUCGACAGUUGCUUCAGUAUGUGCUGCGAAAGCUGCACAAAUAUUGGAAUAUUUAACGGAAAGUUCAAGAUUCCUUGUAAGUGUAAAUUGA